AUGAAAUUUCCCACGGUUUUAAACGCAGCUCCUGUUGAACUCGUCCUGCCGCGAUACGGAAGUGGAGAGCGGAGUUUCUGCCUCAAACGCAGUUUUUACCAUGGCAACAGCGCACGUCGGGCUCCUGCUCGUGGUCGUUUCUGCAGCUUUAUCGGACGAUGUCCGAUUAAAACAAGCGGCCGCGGAGCCGGUCCGUUUGUUCACCGAGGAGGAGCUGCGGAGACACGACGGCACCGAGGAGGGACGUCCCAUUUACAUGGCGGUGAAAGGAGUCGUGUUUGACGUCACCAGAGGGCAGGAGUUCUACGGUAAAGAUGCUCCGUACAACGCGUUGGUUGGGAAGGACUCCACCCGAGCUGUAGCGAAGAUGUCUCUGGACCCGGAGGACCUGACAUCAGAUACCAGCGGCCUCACCGAGGAGCAGCUCAAGUCUCUGGACAGUAUAUUUGAAGGGACGUACAAGAAAAAGUAUCCCAUCGUGGGCUACACAGCGUCGCGCAUCCUCAACGAGGACGGAAGCCCCAAAGACGACUUCAGGGCCGAGCAGCAGCCGCAGCUUCAGACCAAAGACGAGUUUUAACCCGGGGCCGCGACUUCACACCAGACAGAGACACGAACCAAGGAGGAAGUGACACAAGCAACAGUGGAGGGAGGAGAAAAGCAGCAGGAAACGCUAAACGCGAGAACAGAAGAGUCGACCAGUAGUGAAACAUGGAGGAUAGAGAGGUAUGAGACAGAAUAAUAGACUAGAACAGAGGCGACAAAGUAGAAACAACCAACGAAGAAGAGGACAGUGCGACGGAAGAGCGACAAACUGAAACUGAGUCCAUAGAAGCCGAUGUAACAGAUGAGUCUCAUAAGAUCAGAUGUUUAUUCAUAAGCUGUGAUGGUUCGUUUUGUUCCUUAAUAAACCUCACGUCACCAAGUGACCUUUCAUUGGAACCAGCAGAACAUCACUCAACGUUUACAUCGUCUGGAUCCGUUCUGGAUCCGUUCUGGAUCCGUUCUGGAUCCGUUCUGUCCUUGUUUCUUGUGUCGCUGUCAAUAAAGUUAAACGUCAUGUUGAA